UUGGAUUGGGCUUCUGACAGAUGGGGAGUGAGCUUAUCACAGCUCAUGUAAGUAUAGAUUGUUCGUCCUAUCUAAAAUCCAAAAAUUGAGUACCCGAGAAAAAGUGAAGAAACAAAAAUGGCUUCUCUUCUCCAACUUUCACCGUCUCUGACGUUCGGAAGGCAUCGUCUCAUUACAAGACCCAUCAAAGCAUCGUCUAAUCUCUGCCCACCAAACCCAAAUUCAUUACAAUUUGCCAAAUGGGUCUCCGAGUUCGGAUUCAAAUCUCUGAAAUUCGCGCUAUCUGGCACUCUUGCUGUCUCAUUAUCUCUCACAGGAGUUGGAUUUGCUGAGGGAAAAGUUGGAGUUAACAAGCCAGAAUUGCUUCCUAAAGAAUUUAGUCCCAUUAUUGAUGUUGCAGGGUUCCUCUCAGAUGGCCAGGAGAAGAGAAUUGCACAGGAGAUAGCUUCGAUUGAAAAGGAUACAGGAUUCAAGUUGAGAGUUCUAGCUCAGAACUAUCCUGACACACCCGGAUUAGCCAUUAAAGAUUUUUGGCAAGUGGAUGAUAGGACUAUCGUCUUUGUUGCUGAUCCUACAUUUGGCAAUAUAUUAAAUUUCAAUGUGGGUGCUUCAGUUGAUUUAGACAUACCACGCAGCUUCUGGAGCCGUUUGGCAGGGCAAUAUGGAAACAUGUUUUAUUGGAAAGAGAAGGGGGAAGAUGCAUCUAUUGAAGCUGCUGUCAUAGCAAUAUCAAAAUGUCUGAAAGAACCUGUAGGCCCAAACAAUUGCUCAGAGGUAAAAUAAUAUCAUGGAUAUUACAACUUUUGGUUACAAGUUUUAUGCUUCAUGCUCCAGGUGAAUCUUUUGUAACAGUCAUGUAAUUAUUUUUAGAGCUGUAUUAUGAUUUAUGAAGAGAUAACAAUAGGACAUAGAAAUGUCAUAUUUAUUGUUUAUUGAGUUUGAUUUUAUUUAGUAGGUAGUAUAUAUUGUAACUUAGAGUUCUGUAAUAUAAGCUCCAUUGAAAAGGAAAAAUUGAAGAAAAAGAAAAACGCACAUGAAGCAGAAUGGUGAAAUAUUG